AAAGCCCUCUUGUGGUUCUUUCUCUCUCCUCUCUCCCAACCUUUCUCUCUCUCUAGCUAGAGCUCUUCUCUUGUUAAGAGCUUCCACUCUCUUAACUAAACAAAAAUGGAGGUGCAAACCUCUUGUGGCAAGUUCUUGCAGAGGUGCAAGCCUUACAUGGCCAUGAUCUCGCUCCAAUUCGGCUACGCCGGCAUGAACAUAAUCACAAAAGUUUCACUCAACCACGGCAUGAGCCACUACGUCCUCGUCGUCUACCGCCACGCCUUCGCCACGCUCUCCAUCGCCCCCUUCGCUCUCAUCCUCGAGAGGAAAGUGAGGCCAAAGAUGACAUUUUUGGUAUUUGUUCAAAUUUUUGUUCUGGGCCUUCUCGGGCCGGUGAUCGACCAGAACUUCUACUACGCGGGGUUGAAGUUCACGUCCCCGACGUUCUCCUGCGCGAUGAGCAACAUGCUCCCCGCCAUGACCUUCGCAAUGGCAGUGCUAUUCAGGAUGGAGAAGGUGGAUGUUAAGAAGAUUAGGUGCCAAGCAAAGGUGGUGGGAACACUGGUUACAGUAGCUGGAGCCAUGUUGAUGACCCUCUACAAGGGGCCUAUUGUGGAGAUGGUGUGGACCAAGCACAUCCACACUCGCCACGCCGAUAUGCAAGCUGCUCCUGUACCAACAGAUCAGGAAUGGUUCAAGGGCUCCAUCUUCCUCAUCAUAGCAACCCUUGCUUGGGCCUCUCUCUUCAUCCUCCAGGCUGCAACACUGAAGAAGUAUGAUGCUCCCCUGUCUCUGACCUCAUUGAUAUGCUUUGUGGGCACCAUACAAGCUAUUGCUGUCACCUUUGUCAUGGAGCACAAAACCUCUGUGUGGCGCAUUGGGUGGGACAUGAACCUCCUUGCUGCUGCCUAUGCUGGAAUUGUGACAUCAAGCAUUGCCUACUAUGUGCAAGGACUGGUGAUACAAAGCAGAGGACCAGUCUUUGCCUCUGCCUUCAGCCCCCUGAUGAUGAUCAUAGUGGCCAUCAUGGGCUCCUUCAUCCUUGCUGAGAAGAUAUACAUGGGAGGCGUUUCUGGGAGCGUAUUGAUUGUGGCAGGGCUCUACUCAGUUUUGUGGGGCAAGUACAGGGAGAACAAGGAGAAGAAGGAGCAAGAAGCAAUGGAGAUACCACUGGCCAUUAAAGCCAUUGAGAGGAAUGGUAGGAUCAUGGACAUUGUGGAGGUUGAUCAAGUGGAGCUGGAGAAAGCUAAAGCAAACAACAGGAUGGUUUCUUCAGUUGAUCAAGCUGUUGUUGCAGUUGCUGUCCCUGACCCUGAGAUUCAAAUGAAGGGCCAGGAUGAGCCCCAGCCACAGGAUUAAUUACAUCUUAACAUGUUGGUAAUUAAGUGAAGGGGAGGAGGGGAAAGAGAGAGCCAAACAGAGUGAGGGGAAGCUGAGGAGGAGGGGCUUUUUGUCUUUUCACCUUCUCACCUUAUAUUUUUCUUUUUUCUUUUUUUCUUUUUUUUUUUUUUUCCUUCCUUUCAUCUUUUUGUCUUAUGGAAUGGGGUAGUGUAAGGGCUUAUUAAAAUGUUUUAGUUUGGUAGCUAUAAGAAUGCAACUGGAGAGUUUCAUCUCUCAGUCAAGCAGAUAUUACUUCAGAUAUGAUGCAAACCUUUUGUAAUUUAAUUGCUAUAUCUGGCAAGUACUUGAGAUGGUAUUCAAGCAUUCUAAACAAAUGCUACUAACUAAUUAGAUUUGGCAUUA